AUGGAACAAACGAACGAGAAAAAGAUCCUCUCCAGCGAUUCCUCUUCUACUAGAUCUAGCUCCAACACCAACCUCAAUGGUGCGACCACCAAAAACGACGACGAAUCUCCGACGAGCGAAAAGGACGAGACGACUACGACCGAAUACCCUACAAGCCUCAGGCUCUUUUUUAUUCUUCUCGCCCUCGGCCUCAGCAUCUUUCUAGCCUCCCUCGACAUGACAAUCGUCGCAACCGCCAUCCCCAAAAUCACUGACGAAUUCCGCGGCCUCGACAAAGUCUCCUGGUACAGCACCGCUUUUUUCAUGACCAACGGCGGCUUUCAAUCCUCUUGGGGUAAAGCCUACAAGUACUUCAACCUCAAGUUCACCUUUCUCACGUCCGUCUUCGUCUUUGAGCUCGGUAGUCUCAUCUGCGCCGUCGCCCGCGACUCGACCACGUUUAUCAUCGGACGAGCUAUAAACGGCCUCGGGGCUGCUGGCAUUGGCACCGGUGCUUAUACCAUUAUUGCGUUUGUCGCUGAACCUCAAAAGCGUGCUAGUUAUACUGGAAUUAUUGGCGCCUCUUAUGGCAUUGCCUCGGUUAUCGGGCCUCUGGUUGGAGGCGUCUUUUCCGACAAGGUAUCAUGGCGCUGGUGCUUUUGGAUCAAUCUCCCAGUCGGAGGUCUUGGUGCCGCCAUCAUCAUCCUGUUCUUCCAAAUCCCCAGCAGUGCGCGUACGGUUGCAGCAAGCUGGCCCGAGAGGCUGUUGCAGAUGGACCUUGUUGGUGCCUGCAUUCUUGUCGGCGCAACGCUUUGUUAUCUCCUGGCUCUUCAAUACGGUGGACAGAGUCUCUCUUGGAAUGACAAGACUGUCAUUGGUUUACUUGUCGGCUUUGUCACCAUCGGAGCUGCCUUUGUGGGAUGGGAAUGGCGUCUGGACGAGAGAGCCAUGAUUGUCCCUCGUCUGUUCAAGAAGAGAGCUAUCGGCAUGAGCACCAUGUUCAUCUUCUUCUUUGGUGGUCCGUAUUAUCUGACCAUCUACUACCUACCCAUCUACUUUCAGAGUGUGGGCGGUUCGACGGCUAUCAUGUCAGGCGUCAAAAACCUGCCUCUCAUUCUCGCGGUCACAAUCUCCAUGAUUGUCUCCGGCAUCUUUAUCAGCGCUACUGGCCAUGGCGUCCCGGUCAUGAUCUUUGGCUCGACUCUGGCUGUCAUCGGCGCCGGACUCUUGUAUACUCUCGAUGUUGAUUCAAGCAUGGGCGAGUGGAUCGGAUACCAGAUCCUGGGUGGUAUUGGCUGGGGUGUCGCUCUUCAGGUACCCAUCAUCGUUUCCCAGGCUAUGUUUCAAUGCCUUGGUGGCACCAUGUUCAACUCUGCCGCGCAAGCAGCCUUCGUGAACAGCAUGAUCAGGACUCUUCCCGGGGAUGUCCCUGGCAUUGAUGUUCAAACUGUUGUUCAGACAGGAGCUACUGAGAUCCGGGACGUCUUUUCUUCCUCUGAAGUUAUCGGCAUCAUUUCUUCGUAUAUGACAGGUCUCAAACUCACCUUUGCCAUUGCCAUCGCAGGUGCUGGUCUAGGUGUUGUCGCAAGUGUCUGCAAUGACCACAAGCGGCUGGGCAAAGAGGCCGUCAAGGAUACGGGGGCUGUGGCUUAA